GUCGUAGGUCACGGGGCAGAUGCAGGCGUGCACCACUGCAGCAACAACACCUGCGGCGGGCGCGGCCAUGGGCGGGGCCCCGAUUAUGGCUCGGGGGGCGGGCGCCGCUGAGGCGGCCGCCCAAGCCGCGGGAGGCUGCUGCGGCCAGGCCAGCGACCCCACUGGCGAUGCCACUGUCCGCGCCAGCCCCCGCGAUCGCAGGACCUGCGGCGGGCGCCAGGAGACCGGCGCGGGCGCAGCCACGGUCAGCACGAUGGCGGGGCGGCCAGCAGCGACGAGGUUGGGCACCACGGUGGUCCCGGGCGCCAGCGCCACGCUGAAGCGCGCGGCGGCUGCUGUCAGCACAUUGCCGAUCCUCACCGGCGAGGUCGCGGCCCAGAAGCCGUGCACGCGGGCGCUUGCGGCCGCGGCGGGGUAGGAACCCAUGCGGCUGCCGUCGCACGGCAGCCACCGCAAGCACGUCCGCCACGUCGAAGGGGACCUCCCCGUAGCUGCAGCGGAAGUCAUAGAUCAUCCUUUGAGGGCCAGUCGGGGUCCGCCCCUUUGGUCUACAGAUGUGGCGUGACUCCAGUGGGAUGGUUCGGCAGGCAAUAAUGACAAUAUGAAAGCAACACGAAAUCUGCCACCGUCGUCGAGUGCCCUCAGUCUCAUGCCAAUGCCGGGCUAACGGCGAUGAUGCUUAACGGGCGCUCAUAUGGA